UUCAAAGCACCAUGUCAUCUACAGUGUUCUACAAGUUUCUUCAUCAGAAGAACCAAUCGACGAUACACUUUGAUGGAACUGGGAUAAAUGUGUUUGACUUAAAGCACGAGAUUACAAUACAGAAUCAAUUGGGAGAAGGCCAGGAUUUUUCAUUGAGAUUAUAUCAUUCUGAACAGCCCGAUCUUGAAUACGAAAAUGAUCAAGAUGUUAUACCCAGAUCGUCGUUUGUGCUAGCAAGACGGUCCCCUGUAUCGUUCAGGGGAGCCAGGUUUCAUAGUGCUGCUAGAUACGUUACUGGUAAACCUCGUAUUAAUAAAAGAAUGAUUAAUAAUGCAAAUGCAUCUACUAGUAAUCAGAAUAAUCCCGCACAGACAACUGGUGCCACUGCAGUCGAUGAGAACAUGUCAGAAGAGGAUAGAAUCAAGAUGAUGUUUCAAAACCAGUCCAAUGUUUGGGCCCAGACUCAAGAUGAGUUAUCAACACAUAAGAUGAUUCACUUUAAGCCAACCGCGGGAGUUACCAACGCGGAAGACCUUCCUCCUCCUGGAUACAUGUGCUACCGAUGCGGUGGGAAGGAUCACUGGAUUCGAAACUGUCCUACUAAUACCGAUCCUAAUUUCGAAGGUAAGAAAAUCAAAAAAACUACUGGUAUUCCUAGAUCUUAUUUAAAGACAAUUUCCAAAGAGACUUUAGAAGGAGCAGCAGAAACUGGGAAGGAUGGUAUCACCAGAAAUGAAGAUGGGGAAUUAAUCGAUGCUAAGGGGAAUACCUAUAUGAUAACCGAAGACGGUGAAUAUGUAAUAGCCAUGGCUGAUAACAAGACUUGGCUUAAUUAUCAACAAAAACAACAAAAUGCAGUAAUGAAGGCUAAACUUGAGUUCGAACAAAAAUUAUCAGAGAGAAUCGAACAAGAUAAAAAAAAUGAAUUUUUAGACCCUCUAAAAUCAAAUAAAGUUUUAAGAAGCCCAAUAGUGAUGACUCCCUGUUGUCAGGAUAAAUCCAAAUUGAAAAAUAUGAAGAAUUUCAAUUACCAUCAGCCUGAUUUAGAACAAUUACUAAUCGAUAAAGAUUUCCACUGUCCUAAUUGCGAUACAGAAGAUAUCUUUUUGGAUUCCUUAAUACGAAAUACCGACCUAGAACAACAAAUUAACGACUACGCCAAAGAAAUUGGUUUGGAAAACCCCGAUGAAGAGUCACUCAAGAGAAGCGUGGAUGCCGUUGAAGAUGAAAACGAUGGCAGUGAUCCAAAAAGACAAAAAAUCGGAUUACCUUCAAAACCUAACUUACCCCUGGUUCCUCCAGCCAUGGCUCCGUUUGGAAUGCCUUUCAUUGCUCCAGGCAUGCCAAUGCCUCCUAUGUUCAUGCCUCCCAACUUCCAAACCCCUCCUCCAGGCACCGGCCAACCUGAAAAGUAAUCUAUAUAUAUACAUAUAAUCAUACAGUCAAUACAUAGUCAGUAUCC